UUCAUUGCUCAGUGCAAAGAACGGAAAGGGAGCGUUUGGAGUACACUCUUCUUCUCCUUCUCCGAUCAGGAUAAAUGAGAUGGCCUCGUCGCAAAAUGUUGAGUUGGAGGCAGCUAAGUUUCUGCACAAACUCAUCCAAGAUUCUAAAGAUGAGCCAGCUAAGUUGGCUACUAAACUCUGCGUGAUACUACAACACAUGAAAUCAAGUGGGAAGGAACAUUCAAUGCCAUAUCAAGUGAUAUCAAGGGCAAUGGAGACUGUCAUCAAUCAGCAUAAUCUUGAUAUUGAAGCAUUGAAGUCUUCACGUCCUCCUUCUUCUGGUGCUGGCAGUUCUCAAAGAGGAACUUCACAGGCAGUGGGUGUUGCUACGGAUUCAAGAGCGGGGUUGCCUGAAAAUGUGAUGCCCAAAAUAGAUUCCUUUGCUUCUGGCCGGCCACCAUUUUCCCCAAGUAUUGGAGCACCUGAUCAUUAUCAAGGAUCUGCGGCUCAGAGGAGCGGUCAGUCUUUUGAUCAUGGAAGUCCGUCUAGUUUAGAUUCUAGGUCUGCUAAUUCACAAUCACGGGAUAGACGAGAUACUACUAAUUUGGACAAACAGGUGAAUCAAAAGGAUGGUAGAAAAGCUACCUCAAAGAGGAAGAGGGGGGAUACAUUGUCACCUGCAGAACCACACGUUGACAUUCCUUCUCAUCUUGAUCAGCGAAAUACUGCUAAUACGAGGAAGGGUAAAAUGACCAAGGCUGAAUCAUCAGAUGGUCUUCCAGUUAGAAGUGGAGAGCUGACUAACUUUAACAGGGUUCCAAGUAGUAGUCAAAUGCAAAGGGCCAACCAAGAAGGCCCAACAAAGAUUGGCAAUCAAGUGCCAUGUGCUUCGAAUUCUAAAUAUCCAGAAGAUACAGAGGUUUCCUCUGCUCAUAUUGCUUCUGGUGCUCAUCCUAUGGUUCAUGGAGGGAUGGGGGUUGCCACUAGUGCAUACCCAAUGACUGAAUCAGUUCUCUCGAGUUCAAUGCGGCAUGGUGGGAUGCUUGGGCAUUAUAGUGGAAGUUCUACUCCUUCAGCUGAUGAACCUAAAAUAGGCCUGACUGACAGGCAUAGUAGUAACUCAGAAAUAACUAUGCUUAGACAAGGGGUUCCUCCCAGAGAUAUGGCAAGAUCCACGAUUGGUAGAUCAUCUGGUGUGCCUUUCAAAGAACAACAGUUGAAACAGCUCCGAGCUCAGUGCCUUGUUUUUCUAGCAUUUAGAAAUGGUUUAGCACCAAAGCAACUACAUCUUGAAAUUGCUCUUGGAACCGCUUUUUCUAGAGAAGGAAAGGAUCAUACUGACCACAAAGGAAAGUCACAAUCUUCUGUUGAAUUGGGUACCUCGUCAGGGGCCAUGAUGCCUUUUGGAGGUCUGAACAAUAUGAGACAACCUGAUAAUAAUAACUCUUCAGGGUCCCCUUCUGCUGGAAAAUCUCUGGAAGCUACGUCAUUCUGCAAGGGAACUGAGAGUGCAAUAAUAACUGGGGACAAAGGUAUUCUUUCUGAAGAAAGGAAACAUCUCCUAGCUGUCAAAAAAGUAGAGCAUGAAAAGCAAAUUCAAGAAAGAGCUGGUGCACAAGCUUCGUCAACUACUUCUUUUCAGCAGCAAGAUUCCUCUAGUACAAAGGGUGAUGUUGACAGUGGUAAUCUUCAGGUUGGACUGUCCAACCGACCUUCCUCUGUCAUUGGGCUGAAUAAGCAGAUGAAUCCUGAGAUAAAUGGCUUUACUGGAUUUGCUAGUUCUGAUGAGGCUUCAGAAGGACCCUCGCAAGUCUCUUCUCUUCAGCAUGAGUUGCCAAUAGAAAGAAGAGAUAAUGUUGUUAAUCAGUUUCAAAAUAUGGUUAACAGUGGUGGUUCUCGAAACCAUCAUUCUGUUAACCACUUGACAUAUGCUUUGAAAGAGCACUGGAAACCUGUUCCAGGGACUGGCAUUGAUCCCCAGGGAGCAAGCUUGAUGAAGGAUGCAGAUUUAUUAGCGAAAAAUGUUUCUUCAGAUGGGUUCAAAACAGUUCCUGUUAAUGAUGCAUCAAGACAUGAUGCCACUUUUUCUACAGACAUAGAAGGGAAUGGGAGGUUACCUCCUCCAAAAUAUACAAUGUCAGGAAGGUGGAUUAUGGAUCAGCAGAAAAAGAGGCUUCUAGUUCAGCAAAACUGGGUACAAAAACAACAAAAAACAAAGCAAAUAAUGACCACAUGUUUCCUCAAGCUAAAGGAAAAUGUGAGCUCAUCUGAGGAUAUAUCUGCUAAAACAAAAAGCGUCAUAGAGUUGAAGAAACUUCAAUUAUUAGACCUCCAACGCCGUCUCCGCAGUGAUUUUCUGAAUGAUUUUUUCAAACCAAUUACAACUGAGAUGGAACAGUUGAAAUCGGUUAAGAAGCAUAGGCAUGGUAGAAGGGUCAAACAACUAGAAAGGUAUGAGCAUAAAAUGAGGGAAGAGCGUCAAAAAAGAAUCCGUGAAAGACAGAAGGAGUUUUUCAGUGAGAUAGAAGUCCACAAGGAAAAGCUUGAUGAUGUGUUCAAAAUCAAGAGGGAACGGUGGAAGGGUGUCAAUAGAUAUGUGAAAGAGUACCAUAAAAGAAAAGAGCGCAUUCAUCGUGAGAAGAUUGAUAGGAUCCAGCGGGAGAAGAUUAAUUUGUUGAAAAUAAACGAUGUGGAAGGUUAUCUACGGAUGGUUCAGGAUGCGAAAUCUGAUCGUGUGAAGCAACUUCUUAAAGAGACCGAGAAGUAUCUCCAAAAACUUGGUUCCAAGCUACAAGAAGCAAAGACUGCAGCAGGUCGCUUUGAACAUGAUAUUGAUGAGGCACAAUGUGGCAGUUUUCUUGAUAAGAGUGAAUCUACUCUUGAAAAUGAGGAUGAAGGUGAUCAGGCCAAGCAUUAUCUGGAAAGCAAUGAGAAAUAUUAUAUGAUGGCACACAGUGUAAAGGAGAGCAUUGCAGAGCAGCCAUCUUGUUUGAAGGGCGGAAAAUUGAGGGAGUAUCAAAUGAAUGGCCUGAGGUGGCUUGUUUCCUUAUAUAACAACCACUUGAAUGGCAUCCUUGCUGAUGAAAUGGGACUGGGUAAAACUGUUCAGGUUAUUUCUCUAAUUUGCUACCUGAUGGAAAGUAAAAAUGAUAGGGGGCCAUUUCUUGUGGUUGUGCCCUCUUCUGUUCUACCUGGUUGGGAUUCAGAAAUCAACUUUUGGGCUCCUGAUGUACAUAAAAUUGUCUAUGCUGGACCACCUGAGGAGCGACGUCGGUUAUUCAAGGACAGGAUUGUUCACCAGAAAUUCAAUGUCCUCCUGACAACAUAUGAAUAUCUAAUGAACAAGCAUGACAGACCAAAGCUUAGCAAAAUACACUGGCAUUAUAUAAUAAUUGAUGAGGGCCACCGCAUAAAAAAUGCUUCUUGCAAGUUGAAUGCUGACUUAAAACACUAUCAGAGCUCUCAUAGAUUGUUGUUAACUGGAACUCCAUUGCAGAACAAUCUUGAGGAACUAUGGGCGCUACUUAACUUCUUGUUACCUAACAUAUUUAAUUCAUCUGAGGAUUUUUCUCAGUGGUUUAAUAAGCCAUUUGAGAGUGCUGGAGAUAACUCGCCAGAUGAAGCCUUACUAUCCGAGGAGGAGAACCUCUUGAUCAUCAAUCGUCUGCACCAAGUUCUGAGACCAUUCGUACUUCGGAGGCUUAAACACAAGGUUGAAAAUGAACUUCCUGAAAAGAUUGAAAGACUCGUAAGAUGUGAGGCAUCUGCAUAUCAAAAACUUUUGAUGAAGAGAGUGGAAGAAAAUCUUGGCUCUAUUGGCACAACAAAGGGACGGUCGGUACACAACUCUGUCAUGGAGCUUCGUAAUAUCUGCAAUCAUCCAUAUCUCAGCCAGCUUCAUGCAGAGGAGGUGGAUAACUUUAUACCUAGGCAUUAUCUGCCCCCAAUUAUUAGACUUUGUGGGAAGCUUGAGAUGUUGGACCGUAUUUUACCUAAAUUGAAGGCAGCAGAUCAUCGGGUUCUUUUCUUCUCAACAAUGACUAGGCUUCUUGAUGUUAUGGAGGAAUACUUAACUCUUAAACAGCAUCGGUACCUUCGGUUGGAUGGACAUACCUCGGGAGGUGAUCGUGGGGCCCUAAUAGACCUGUUUAACCAACCUGCUUCUCCAUAUUUUAUAUUUUUGCUCAGCAUUCGAGCUGGUGGCGUUGGAGUGAAUCUUCAAGCUGCUGACACAGUGAUUAUAUUUGACACUGACUGGAAUCCACAGGUUGACCUGCAAGCACAAGCAAGGGCUCAUAGAAUUGGUCAGAAGAAGGAUGUUUUAGUACUUCGAUUUGAAACAGUUCAAACUGUUGAAGAACAAGUCAGAGCUUCUGCUGAGCACAAACUGGGAGUUGCUAAUCAGAGCAUUACUGCUGGGUUUUUUGACAAUAAUACAAGUGCUGAGGACCGAAGAGAAUACUUGGAAUCCCUCCUGCGUGAGUGUAAGAAAGAGGAAGCGGCACCUGUAUUGGAUGAUGAUGCUUUAAAUGAUCUCUUAGCACGCAGUGAAGCAGAGAUAGAUGUGUUUGAGGCUGUUGACCAAAAAAGGCGCGAAGAUGAGAUGGCUACAUGGAAGAAGUUGGUAUCUGGGCCAGCAACUGAUGGUUCUGAGCCUAUUCCUCCACUUCCUUCACGUCUAGUUACAGAUGAAGACUUGAAACAAUUAUAUGAAGCGAUGAAGAUAUCCGAUGUGCCCAAGGAUGAAGUAGCAUCUAACGGAGUCAAGAGGAAGAGUGGAACUCUUGGGGGCCUUGAUUCUCAACAUUAUGGAAGGGGAAAACGUGCAAGAGAGGUGCGUUCCUAUGAAGAACAAUGGACAGAGGAGGAGUUUGAUAAGAUGUGUCAAGCUGAAUCUCCUGGAUCACCGAAAGUAAUGGAAGAAGUGACAGAGUCAAAUUGCAAAACAAAUGCUUCUAGCUCUGCUGCAACCGCUUCUGUCACGGAGACUGCAGUGGUGCCUCCGGUGGCCCCUGCAACAUCAUCUCUUGGGAGUUUGCCUCUGCAUAAAGUCAAAGAUAUAACACCACCUGUUAAACGUGGACGUGGCAGGCCAAGAAGGAAAACCUCAGAUAAGUCACCUGUUACUGAAGUCCCUCUGGGUACUUCUGGAACUGUUGAAGUGGACAUGCAGGUAAAGAAAGGAACUUUGCUUGGUCAAGUAGUAUCGUCAGCUCCCGAAUCUAUUGCUCAUUCUUCUGAAGUUGGUGGUGUGAGUGGACCUGCGCAGCAGUCUGAUACUGGUAUUUCUCCUAAUCUGACUACUCCACCCAACUCUCAAGCAGAGGGUACUACUGUUUCUGUGCCAAUACAAACAAGAGGACAAGGCCGGAAAUAUCAAGGUGGAGGGGAAGCAACUAGACGUAGAGGGAAGAAGCAGGUUCUGGUGCCGCCUCCUGUACCUGGGGUUUCUAUUGGUCCUGAUUUAAAGAUGAAUGAGCAGUUGGAACACAAACCCCUGAAUCCAUCUGCUGGUGAAGCUAUGUCCCAAGGUGAUACUGUUUCCUCCAGUGCUACGGUACAACAUUCAUGUAGAGAACAGGGUUCUGUGACUUUUAGCAGCGUAGGUAAUAAUAAAUCUGGUGUUGGGAUUGCUCUGAGUUCUCAGCAGCCCCUUCCUUUGUCCUCUGUUACUCCUUUGCCGCAAACUGUUCCUACUUAUCCUUCUGUACCUAUACAAAAUAAUGGGCAACAUCAGAAGCCUCAAAAUGGAUCAGGAGCUCCCCGAAGUAGGGGAAAGAAAAAAGCAAUGUUAUUGCCUAUUCCAAACGUUUCAGGUAGUCAGAAUUUGCACCUUACUUCCAAUCUACAAGGCUCAUCUGGCAAUGUAUUACAUGAUAAAGCCACUGAGUUGAAAAGCUUGCAAGAUAGCCUUGUUCAGGAAUCACACAGUGUUGUCCAAGAUCAUGCAUUACAUAGCAUUGGUGAUAAGGAUUUAAAAUCAACUGAGGUAUCUGGUGAUAUAGCCAAUAAGGCAUUGGUUGAAUCAACAACUGAAGAUAAUACCAAAAGAUCUCCUGGGUUGGAAAUAGAGAAGGUUCAGAAUUCUGAUAUGCAUGAUUCUGCUUCCAACAAUUUAUCCAAGACUGCUGUUCUGGAGAACUUGAGGAACAAAAGUUUCUGUGGCUCAACACUACCUGUUACAGAGGUUACAAGGGACCAACAAUUGGAGGCCAAAACUCAUCAUUCUGAUGAAGCUUCAAAAGCUGAUACUUCUCCAGUCCAUUCUACAAAAGAAUCAAAAGGAUGUUCUAAUCAGGCUAUAGAACCUAUGGCUGCUCAAGCAGUUCCCAAUGCAUCAGACAAUGUUUAUCCUUCCAUAUCAGCCUCUGAAUCCAUUCAGCCAUGCCCACCUGAAUCCAUGUCAGUUAAAAGGCAAGGCCGUAAAACUCAAAAUAGAGUGGAGCCACCCCGGCGUAGGGGGAGAAAAUCAUCUUCAGCAUCUCCUGUUGUUUCUGAUUCCCUUGCUAACCAGGAUCCUAAUUUAAAUAAUGAUUUUCAGAAGUCAUCAGUAGAGUCAUCGGCAGGUAAAGUCGCUACAGAUGUCGCUCAAGCUCAAGCAUUUCAGAUCCUUUUGCCCACUGGAGGUGCUGCUCAUGAUUUAAACACAAAAGAGGGAGCUGCCAAUUCUUCUCUAAACAAGCAGCACAAAGUUGCGCCAGCAAGGGUUGAUAGUGAUCCAGUAUCCUCAGAUAAGAUUUCUAAUUUUAGCCGAAUGCAAAAUGUCAAUGAUGUUGCUAGGGUUAUGAAAGAAGUUUUCUCUGGAACUUGCUUACCAAAGCUUAAAGCAGCAGAUUCUGCUGCUGUCGAACUUGCAAAAACUAAUAUUACAGUUGAUUUCAUGAAUACCCAGUUGAAUGCUGAUAAAGCAGGUUAUGAUAUAACCAAUACGGAAGCAGCAUGUCUAACUCCAGGCAUUGCUGUGAACAUACAAGAAAAACAGUCAGAGGGGGAAUUCAAUAAUAAAAAAUUGGAGGAUAAAGCAAGUUCAGAUAUACCAACUACUGUGGCAGUGGAUGUCUCCAAUAACAUGUGUUUGCAGGAUAAAGCAGGUUCUAAUAUGUCAACUACUGGAGCAGGGGAUGUGUCAAAUAUACAGUGUAAGGAGGAUAAAGCAGAUUUGGAACAUGACAAGCAAUCUGAAGAGACAUCUAAUAUGCAGAUUCUUGAGAGCAAAGAAAAUUCGGAGAUGCCAACUACUGGAGCAGUGAACAGAAAUGAAAGACAACUAGAGGAAACAUCCACUACUCUGUAUCUUGAAGUUAAAGCAGCAUCAGACAAGCCAACUACAGGAGCAGUGGAUGCCUUCAAUUUUCGGUGUUCAGAGAAUAAAACUGAUUCUGAUAUGUCUCCUACUGGAGCAGAUUUUUUAAUUUCAGACCUUCCUGUGAAUAUGCAUGAAAAGCAAUCUGUGGAAGCAUUGAAUAUUCAGAAUCUGGAGGAUAAAACAAGUUUGGAUAUACUAACUACUGAAGCAGCCUUCCCAGACUUGGACCAUAUUCAACAUUGUACUGAAACUUAUUCUAAUCAGAGUGAAGUGAAGAAGGCUCAUGAUGCAACUCCGCUUAGUUCUGCUGUAAGGACCGAGAGUCUGUCUGAAUCAUGUACAAAAUCUUCACCUCUUGCUUCUUCUGGUGAAAAUAUGUCUGAUCAACCACAAGUGAUCCCAUCCUGUCCUGUGGGAAAUGAUUCUCAAAAUGCAUUAGAACUUGUUAUAGAACAAAAUGCUUUAUCACCUUCGGAAACGGAGGCCCCCAAUGUUGCAUUAAGUGGGAAGUAUUCAGAUUCUUUAAAACAUGCUGAGUUGCAUGAGAAUCCAUUAGUUAAGAGCUGUUCACAAUCCCUCUCUGAGGGGGAAAUGAACAUGGGGAAUUCCAUAUGUGAACAACCUGUCUCUGCUGUUGAUAAAUCUUCUAAUAUUGACCCAGUUCCCGAGGAAAAUGUGAUAUCCCCAGCAGCUAUUGACGAUACCAAUGUUGAUUCUUCUGAGGCUUGCCCAAUGGACAUUGACACAUCUGUGAGUAACCAAGUUACAAUUGUGCAGGACAAUGAGGUUGUGGCAAAGAGUUCUCCGCAGAAUGUAGAUACGUUCUUAGCAGAUGAGGGGGGAAAAAUCAUAGAUCAAUCUCCUGAUGAACCUGUUGAUAGGUCAGUCUUACAACAAACAUCAGGUUCAAAAGCUGUGGCCAAUUCUUCAGUGGAUGCUUCUCAGUCUGUCCUUGUGGAAGAGGGAACCAUAUCUGAAACUGCAAUUUUGCCCUCGUCAUCUUUUAGCAUAGAGGAUAACAAGGUGUCAUCCAGAACCUGUGCAAUUAGUAACUCUGAAACUCUGGAAGAGUCAAUGGAGGAGGGUGCGACUGACCGCUCUGAAUUCCUGCCCCCAGAGAAAUGUGCAGAGGAGAGCUGUAGGAAUGCCACUGAGGUUCCCUGUACAGUUCCGUUGCUGCUUCAGGAAUCAACUGAUUCUGAAGGUGACCACGGUGAUCAUUGCAAGUCACAGGAUGGCGGGAUACCUGAAAAUCACGAAACUGGAAUCCUUGCUGCUCCUAAAACAUUUGAAGGGGGAAAUGAGGUUGAGACCUUUUCUGAUAAAGGUCCACAAGGAUCCUCUGAAGCACAAGUUGAAUCAAAAGGAUUAGUUGAUAUGGAGAAUCAGGCAGAAGCCAUUCAGAACCGUGCUGCUGAGAUGGAUGUCCCAUGUACAUCUGUAUCAGGGGACAAGGCGGGGGGUGAAUCUAAAGAAUUAGCUGAUAUGGAGAAUCAGGCAGAUGCCAUUCGAAACCGUGCUGCGGAGAUGGAUGUCCCGUGUACGUCUGCAUUAGGGGACAAGGCCGAGGGUGAAUCUAAAGAAUUAGCUGAUAUGGAGAAUCAGGCAGAAGCCAUUCAAAGCUGUGCUACCGAGAUGGAUGUCCCGUGUGUGUCUGCACCAGGGGACAAGGCCGAGGGUGAAUCUAAAGGAUUAGCUGAUAUGGAGAAUCAGCCAGAAACCAUUGAGAGCUGUGCUGCUGAGAUGGAAGUGUCAUGUUCCUUUGCAUCAGGGGACAAGGCAGAGGGGGAGAAUGUUUUAGUUGGCACCAAGCAAAAAAUUCAGGUGUCAGGAGACACUGAAGCUGUUGCAGUUGAUGAAACAGAUGUUUCUAAUGGCGUUCCAGCUGCGCCCGAAACAGCAUCAGCCAAUGGGGCUCCACUUCCAUGUUCUUCACUGACAGUGGGUGAACCUAUGGGGGAGCAUGAUACUAAAGGAACUGAAACUGGUGUCGCCAACCAGGAUAAUCAAGCCAUACGGCAAAAUGCUCUGAAAGAUGCAGAAGAGUGCUCUUCUUCUGCGGCCGCUGAGAUAAUUGAAGAGAGCUUACCUCAGAAGGAUGUCAUUGAAUCUGAUGGGGUUCCACCUCCAUGCUCUUCAGUUGCUGAGGGCGAACAUGUAGAGAGUUUGUCAGAUGAGGCUUUGGUUGAUUCUGCUGUGAAGCUUGGUACUAAAGAAUCUGAAACUUCCCAGGAUAAUCUAGUUUUGCAAGAAAAGGCAUUGAACGAAAUGGAGGAAACCCUUCCUUCAGCAACUGAGGAUAGAGUUGCAGUGAGCUCACCUGAGAAGGAUAAUUUAACUGCUUGCUCAGAAGCACCCCAGGAAUUGGAAGAGUGUGAAAAUGUGCAAGGACCGGUCUGAGGAAGAACCUGGCCAGUUUCCGUGGCUGAAGAAGCCAAAAAAGACUGAAACUAAUUGUUUGGCCAUGGGGCAAGUCUAUAAAAAAAAGAACCCAUCCUUAAAAACGCCGUCCAUAUGUAACUUAAUAUGUCAGGUCAGCAGUCAGCUUUUGUUAAUGCUGUGAUUGCCGUGAAUACCAAAAAAAAAAAAAAAGGCUGUGGUUGCCGUCAUUAAGGGAAAUAACAAAAUAACAAAAUGACUAACAUGUCUAACUGAAAAUUUUUUUAAGCACA